AUGAAUUCUGCCUUCAGCUGUGCAGGUUUAGGUUGCCGUCUCUGUCCUUAAUGUUCAUUUGCUGCUGGGGGAACUUGGGUAACAUGUGCGAGGGCGAUGGGCCAUGGGACUCCUGAUAAUAUGAACUGGGCUGGACUACUGCAGAAUCUGCUGGUUGUGGUCCAUCUGCAGCAGAUCAUAUGCGGUUCUGUCUGGUUUUCCAUCCCAGAGGAACAGGAGCCUGGUAUUCUGGCGGGGUCACUUAGUAAACACUUUCCACCUCCGUACCAGCUCCUGACCCAGGAGUACCUGUGGAUGGACAAAAACACAGGGAAUUUCUACACCACUGAGCAAAAGAUGGAUCGCGAGGCCCUCUGCCCCGAGGAGACAAAAGCUGAGGAAUGCAUUAUUUUACACAAUGCUGUCGUGGGGCCCUCUGGAGACCUUAUACAGUUCCCUGUGAUCAUAGAGGACAUCAAUGACAAUGCACCUCAUUUUGAAAACAGUGAAAUACACCUGAGGGUGUCUGAGGACGUGACUGUGGGGACCAGUUUCUUAUUGGAUGACCAGGCUCAGGACAGUGAUGCCGGACAUAACGGCGAGCUGCAUUACCACCUAGAAGAUUCAAAUGGAGUUUUCAGUUUGAAAGUGGACGGAGACGAGCCUGUCAUCAUGCUGGUUGUGCAAACAGCUCUAGACAGGGAGACUCGGGACCUGUAUCAGAUGGCGCUGGUGGCCACCGACAGUGGCGCCGACCCUUUAAGUGCUACAGCAACUUUAAUAGUCACAGUGACAGAUGUUAAUGACAACUGUCCAAGCUUCAGCGCCGACAGCCCCCGCAGUGUCACCAUCCCUGGUGACUCCAAGAAGAACAUGCUGGUUGCUCAGGUCAGAGCCACAGACCCAGAUUCAGGCCCAAAUGCUGCCAUCGUAUACUCCCUCAGUCCCAAAGUCUCUGAGCGGGCCAAGAAGCUCUUUAGCCUCGACAGCCUCACUGGGUCCAUCAGACUAACACAGGACCUCCAGAGUGACAACUCCGAGGAGCUGCUGUUGAAAGUGUUAGCUAUCGGCCAUCACUGCCCCCCAGCAGACAUUCAGGUAACCAUAUCCGUGGUCCCCAAGGCGAACCAAGAGCUGGCGAUCAAGAUCGGGUUCAUAGCAGAGCAUCAAAACCAGACUAUGGUGAUACCAGAGAACCAGCCCCCCACCGUCUUAGCUGUUUUAGAGCUUGAGGGUGACAGCGGCUUUAAAGGCUCAUCUCUUGCCAUUGAGAGCGAGGUGCCUUUCACUUUGAGCCCACAGAAUGGCAAAUAUCUGCUUUCCACAUCAAAGCCUCUAGACUAUGAGAUGAAAAGCGAACAUCAUAUUUCUGUGGUAGUGCACGGGAGAUCAGCCGAAGGAUCUGUGAUCGCUCCUUCCAGGCGUGUGAUCAGGGUGUUGGUGGCAGAUGUCAAUGAUAAUGCUCCACAUUUCCUCCAGUCUCACUACCAGCUGGAGGUGGAGGAAAACAACCAGCCAGGGAUGUCCCUGUUGUGGGUCUCAGCGUCAGACGCAGACAGCGGAUACAAUGGCAGAGUGACCCACAGGCUGGACAAGCACACAUCUACCAUCUUUAACAUUGACCCCGUGACAGGUCAACUGUCCGUGUCAGCCUCUCUGGAUAGGGAACAGCAGGGCGUACACAAACUCACUGUGUUUGCACGAGAUAGCGGCUCUCCUCCUUUGGAGUCAGUGGCCACAGUAUCCAUUCGUGUUCUGGACCAGAAUGACAAUGCACCUGUUUUUCUAACCCCUCACUUCAUCUUUUUUAUCCCUGAGAAUGUACCACCGCUUGCCCCAGUAGGGAGGGUGGGGGUGACAGACCCAGACGAAGGAGAGAAUGGGAACACAGAGCUGCAUGUUGUAAACAGCAGUGGACCUUUUGUUGUAGAUAAUACCCAGGGGACGCUGCGCACCACCACAAACUUGGACCGUGAGACAGACGACCGCUAUGAACUCUACCUGCUGGCCAGUGAUCACGGACACCCACUCGCUUUAACUUCCCUUGCCAGGGUAACUAUCUUUGUGGAGGACAUCAAUGACAACCAGCCAAAAGUGAUCCUUCCCAGCAGCAACUCCUCAUGCCAGACUGUCUCUCCAGGAACUAUCGCAGGCACCAUAGUAACAAAGAUCUAUGCCAUCGACGAGGACUCAGGGCUGAACUCAGAGAUUACAUACACCGUUGUUGCACCGGAGCCAGCACAAAAUAGCAGCCCCUUCCAGGUGGAUUCAAGGUCGGGGAACAUCACCGUGGCUCAGCAACUUCUACGAAAAGACCUAGGAAUGCAUCACCUGUUCAUUGUGGUCAGGGAUGGGGGGAAACCAGCUCCGCUUUAUACAACUGUGUGGGUUAACCUGUUGGUCAACGAGAGCAUGGGGCCCUGCCUCUUAGACAGGGCCCCCACCUGGACAGGGACAUCUGACUUGGUUCAAACCCCCUCAAAGGCCUCCAUCUGUGAGGUGGAGGACACCAGAUCUGCCCGACUGACACUGUUAGUAGGCCUGGGCAUGAUGCUGGCGUCCACAUGUUUGCUUGUGGCGGCAGCUGUUUUAUACCUGAAACAGAGGAGGAGAAGUCUACAGCAGAACAAGAGGGGGCACAUCGAAGAGAACGAGAUUCCACUCAGGCUCAAAGACAAAUAUUACUCUGACGACUAACAGAAUAAAGCAAGCAGUGUGCGUAAUCCUCGCUCACACUUUGUCAAGGAUGAAAUCAGCCUGUGAAUUAAACACAUUCUGAAUGUUUGUCAAAGGCUUCUUGCAUUUUGAUAAUCAAAUUCGCCGAAUUAUCCUGAUACACAGUGUAUUCAAACAUUGCGAAGACUGUGACAUUCUGUGGAAAUAAAGUUGAUCCAUUUUCUGAUAAGCUGCCAGGAAAGCAUAUAAAAGGUGAUCUGAUAAGUGAAGCAUUUGAGGUUACCGGCAGAGACUUGUAGAAAAAUGUAACUCUGUAAUUUAACACAGGUGAUGUGUACAGUAUUAGCCACCACAUGAUAGAGCAUAUCACAGCAAGGCAUUGCUAAAAUACCAGCAUUACAGUCAUUAUCUUUAGGGAUUAUUCUCCAUGACCCCUGCAGUGAGAAGAAGACUGAGGUAAUGGUCCGCUAAGUUGAUUGGGCCUUUCUCAGAUUUCCAACUCAGAGUGAUGGGGAGUCUAAAGUAUUUAGACACACAAAAGGGGUUUAAUGUUCCUCCGGUGGGGAGGUGAUGAAAGUCUCUCAAGAAGCAGCUCCGAGACGACGACGGGGGGGUUGGAGCGCAGCUGUGGACAGGU